UCUAGUGAAAUCACUCUGCUAACGGUAGGACUAGAUGGUGCUGGUAAAUCAACUAUUCUACGAUGCUUGCAAGGAGGUAUCAUUGAAGGAGUUUCUACCACAGUAGGAUUUAAUAACUUUUCACUGCAAUUGUAUGGACGUAAAAUUAUAACUUAUGACGUCGGCGGUGGGCCGAGAAUUCGUGGUAUCUGGAAGAAUUACUAUCAUGAUGUUCAUGGUAUCAUUUAUGUAGUCGAUGCAAGUGAUCAUAACAAAUUAGAAGAAAAUCUAGAAGUACUAGAAGAAGUUGUCAAACAUGAUAAAUCAAAAGGAAAACCCAUCUUGGUGUUAGCUAAUAAACAAGAUAUACCCAAUGCUAUAGACAAGGAAAGAUUAGUCAAACAGCUACAACUUCAUUCGUUA